AUGGAAUUUCAUUAUAUAAACCACCAAGGACGCUUGGCCAGCAUAUCAACUCUCUUCCUGGUACCAUUUCCAAUAGAAUCCUAAUCCUCCAACGCCAUGGAUUCAGCGAACCCCAAAUUGGAAGCUUGGUCUUCUGGACUUUGCGACCGCUUCUCUAACUGCUCCACCUGUUGGUUGACGAUUUGGUGUCCAUGCAUCACUUUUGGCCGAGUUGCUGAGAUUGCAGACCGAGGAUAUACUUCUUGUGCUACAGCGGGAGUACUUUAUCUUCUACUUGGUGCGGUAACUGGUUUAACAUUUUGCUACACUUGCUGCUAUCGCAAAAAGAUGCGGCAACAGUUCAAGCUAGAAGAGACCCCUUGUUGCGACUGCUUGGUUCAUUUUUUCUGCCAAGCCUGUGGCCUUUGUCAAGAAUAUCGCGAGCUCAAAAGACGUGGAUUUGACAUGUCUAUUGGAUGGCAAGGUAAUAUGGAAAGGCAAAAUCGGGGAGUGGCCAUGGAAGUUGUUCCUCCUUUUGUGGAAGGUGGCAUGAAAAGAUAGAAAAUCUUCUGUGGGAGAACUUUAUUAUAUUUCUAAAGUUUAUUGCGUGAUUACCGUACGAAAUAAAAUUAUGUACAUCUAAUUUUGAAUAGUUAA